CCACCUCCCGGAACUCCAGUACUCCUAUGUGGUCCUGGGGGGGACAUUCAGCAUAUACCUGAUAACAUUUUUUGAUAGCCCACUAUACCAAGCAGAGCAGACAUAAUCAAAAUGACAUGGAAUCAAGGUUGAGACAAGCAUUUUCUUCACUUUGAUGUUAAAAUAUCUAACGUAAACUCACCCCAUUCCGUACAAAUGUGCGCAACCGCAACAUUCGAACGAGGCUACAAAGAAAACUAAUGGGACUGUAGUUGACUUCAAAAUCUGGGGUGUGAAAAACGUUUCUAUUCAAGCAUUGAUCGACAUGGUAAUGGCUCUGUAGUACUGGAGAAAAGUUGGAAAAACGUACCCUCCGUUACAUCGUAAUGUGUCAUGUCGUAACGUACAGCACGCAUAAAGUAACUAUAUCUGUCUUACAAUCUCUCUCCAACAGGUGUAGCACUUCUCUCAUCCUUUAAAAACAAGAAAUGGACAAAUGACGGGGGGAUACCUAGUCAUUUUUUGCAUCAUCACUGCAUGCGAUCAUCAUUCUCAAAGCUGCUGUUUACUUCUAAGAUCACUUUAGCACCGCCCUAAAAACCUGAUUCAAAUUCGACACAAACCUUCAAAUAGGUAUGUAAUGACACAUUAUAUAAACACUUUAUAGUGUUUUAUUUACAUUUUAGAGGCAAUAUGGUGAUACGUUGGACAGAUCGAGUGAAAAAAAGCUAAUUUCCCACACACCUAUCACUAUCACGCAUUAUUUUCGCUUCCCCACCAGCCAUUUCUAAAAAGACUCGACGGGGCUCAUUGCCUUCUUCAAUUAUGGAGAAACGGGCAGCGUGGGGGUCAUGUAAUUGAUUCUGUUGGAAAGGGUAGAAAUUGUGCUUUACAAUGGUAUUGACAUUACAGUUGAUCUGGAAGUAUUACGUUUUUGGGGCGCUAAAAUAAGGUAAAUUGUACGGACCAAGGCGAAAAGUGAGUGAGUGAAAUUUACGAAAAGUGAGUGAGUUUACGUUAUUGUUACGACAUCAAAAAUGUCCAUUUGUUUGCCAUUUUAGAAAGACUUUUGGCAGCAAUCCGGGAUUGAAAAGGGAUUGAUCUAGGGACACACCAAGAUAAAUUACACUUGUUUUAGAUUCAAUCUCCUUGCCUACACAGUUUACCUUUAUCUUGUUAGCCCUAAGCAAUCUACAGAACAAGAAUAGACUGACAAGUUUCAGAAGAGUCUUUGUGUCUGGCCAUUUUGAGCCUGUAAUCCAACCCACAAAUACUGAUGCUCCAGAUAAUCAACUAGUCUUAAGAAGGCCAGUUUUAUUGCUUCUUUAAUCAGAACAACAGUUUUCAGCUGUGCUAACAUAAUUGCAAAAGGGUUUUCUAAUGAUCAAUUAGCCUUUUAAGAUGAUAAACUUGGAUUAGCUAACACAACGUGCCAUUGGAACACAGGAGCGAUGGUUGCUGAUAAUGGGCCUCUGUACGCCUAUGUAGAUAUUCCAUUAUAAAAAUCAGCCGUUUUCAGCUACAAUAGUCAUUUACAACAUUAACAAUAUCUACACUGUAUUUCUGAUCAAUUUGAUGUUAUUUUAAUGGACAACAAAUGUGCUUUUCUUUCAAAUACAAGGACAUUUCUAAGUGACCCCAAACUUUCAAAUGGUAGUGUACAUUCAACAUUUUUGCAGGUAUCUGGCUCCAUAGUCCCCUUUCGAUGCAGAAGGCAUCAGUGGAAUUGGGUUGCUAUGCUUGUUCAAAUCAAAUCAAAUGUUAUUGUCACAUGCGCUGAAUACAACACUUACUUAUUUGUGGUCACCAGGCAAACAAAGUAAAUUGGGAAGGGAUCAACAUUCUGUGUUUGCUUUGCUUUGAACAAUUUAAUGAAUUGUAUCUGUCAAUGAGGACAAUCGUUUUUUUAAAUGCACUUUAUAGCUCUUUUUUCAUUUUAAUUUAUUUAACUCAACAGUUGCUUAAUGGCAGACUGCAUUCUCUCAUGUAGUUUGUGUUGAUAUUGUGAACUGGACAGCUAAAUGUAUCUAGCAAUUGACAUGUUUGAGUUUUCGUUAAGACUAUAUUAGCACUUCAAUAUAGCUGAUGUCAAACUUGGUUUCCAUUACACAAUUUCCUAAUUGUCAUAAUAUCAAGUAGGCUAGACCCACAUCCUCCCCUUAUUACAUCCCUGUGGUGUUAAUUUGUAAACUUCAAACUGAAUAAUUAAUAUAAUUUGUAUACAAAAUACAUAUGGACGGGUAUUGUAACUCUGUAUAUAAAUCAUUAAAUUAAGCUAGCCUUAAAUUGUAAGUUAUUGUGAUCUUUUUCGUAGACCGCGUGGCCUAAUGGAUAAGGCGUCUGACUUCGAAUCAGAAGAUUGAGGGUUCGAGUCCCUUCGUGGUCGUUUAACUUCUCUCUAGCGUUACUUAUGUUAUGAUAUGUUGUUAAUGUCGCUACAUAAGUAUUGUCAUGUCUCUUGAAGCCAAGAAAAUAAAGGAUUAUUUACUUUGAGCCUAUUUUGUUUUAGAUUGAUUAGCGACCGAUUUCCGCUCGUGUAUGCUAUAUUCUUACAAUUCGGCCGUCAUAUGUUUUAGUAGCAACAUGAUUUGGUUGAGGAAUGUCACCACAGGGUGUUUGUACGUUCAAUCAAGACUGUACGUUAUUAUGUAACAAUAGUAGCAGUGAUUGAUGCACGUUGAACUGUAAUGUGGCCAUUCUUGGCAUCAUACCAAAUUCGUAUUCUGGUAAGAUUUCGUAAUGUUGCGCUCGUGGCCGCCUGUAGGUCAUGGAAAAUGCGCGAUCAGAGUCUGCGCAACUCAGCGUUCUUCUCGUCGUCUGUGCGAAGUUUAUGAAGCUGCACUGCAAGAGGAGAAAAAAAAAAUAUUCGUCACUCUAUUGGCUGACAGUGCCAAGGGUGGUGCCAUCUCAGGUAUAGGUGGUUAUCUCUUGGGCGUGUAAACAGGACAGGCCAAGGGCUGUUAGGAGUGCAACAUGAAUUUUAAAUUCACCUAUAGCGAAAUAGAGGAACUUGGGGGCAACUUGCCCAUGAAGAAAAGGAAGUCGCGCUUCACCUUCGAUGAAGUCCAUCUGCUGCUGACUGAAGUCAAAAGAAACAGGCACAUCCUCGUAAGCAAGUUCAACCAAGGCGCCUCGUCAGACCUGAGGAAGCGAACAUGGGCGGACAUUGCGAUUCACAUCAACAAAAUUAGCGAGUGCCAACGGGAGGUCAUGGAGAUCGUCAAGAAGUGGGCGGACCUAAAGUGCGAUGCCAAGCGUAGGAUGGUGGCCAUGCGAGGGCCUAACGGUGUCCGUAUCUCCCAGAACCUGUCGCCGGUGGAGAAAAUGGUGCACGAGAUACUAUCCAUGUCCCCUCCGAACAAGGCCACCAUGGGCAGUAUGAAUGAUGAAACUGAGGAGAAUGACUUUGGUGACAUGUCAGGGGUGUCGACUCGCUCCUCUGGCACCUCUAAUGGUAUGGCUGGCCUUCAUCACAUGGCUAUGCCUGUCACCAGCCCCCACGCUAUGGGCUCGUCUAUGUCUCCUUUCUCAACUCCGGAUAAAGAUCUUGGCAUGUUCUCUCCGAUGCCAUUUGGCCGGGAUCCUUCUCAGUCAUUUCAUGAUUUUUCAUUCAUGAAACCAGUCGAUGAAGACGACAGUCUGGGAUUUGAGGACCUAGAAGAGGAGCCGCGGCACAUGGGCUCCUUCCGCCCCCCUGCUGAGCCUCGUCGCACCUACUCCAGAUUCGCUGCCUCUUCCACCGCGGUGUCUUCCUCCAUGGCUACCUCCUCGUCCUCCCACCCAGCUCACUCCUCUUCCUUUCUCCCUGCUCCUCUCUCCUCUUCCACCUCUACAGGGUCAGUCAUGGGGCAGGGGGCAAUCCGGAAGCAGCUAGCCCACAGUGCCUCCCUCAGUCUCAAGGAGCAGCAGGCCACUACUGCCCUGCUAGGGGCCGUGUCGGGGUCUUUGGGGGCCCUGGCCCAGUCCGUGCAGCAGCUGGUGGAGUCGCAGCAGGAGUUUGUACGCGACUCCCUGCAGAUGCAGCGAGAGACUGUGAGCGUCCUGCGAGACUUCUCCACCAAUGCCCUGGCUCUCCUGCGGGACAAGGUCAACGGCCACCCACCGCCUUAACUCUCAGUUCACCAACAGAACACAACACACACACGGACCCUACCUGUGAAGUGCUUGCCCGUGGACCGAGAUCAUGUCAUUAAUACUAUUUGCUGAUUCACCUUGAGAAUGAGUAUGCUGCCACUAGUAUAGAGAGUACUGAAUAGCAGGAAGCCCAAAUAAAAUUAUGAAUAUCUUUAUAUACUGGAGAUGAGCUUUCUAACCAGUGACUGGUUUAUUGUUACUUUUGAUUAAAAAGAGCAAUGCAUCCACGUGUCAUGGUUCCAGAAUUAUGGUAAAUCAUAUUUUUGGUAUUUUUUUUUACUGAAUGAAACAAGACUGGACAUUGCAAGUAUGUUUGUCAGAGAAAACUUGUGCAAUACUCUAAAAACGCUUUUUGGGUGUAAGCGAACUGUUGAUCUGCUCCUAUUUUGUUUUACAUAGCCUCGUUUGCAGGCUUCCUCUAACAAGUAUGCAAUGACCGGUCAUCCACACACAUUCCAAGCAUAACCAGCCACAUUUAUAGAUUAAUUUGGAUCAAAUUAAUUAAAUGACUAAGAAAAAGAGCAGCACGUACAUGUGGAAAGUAUGAAUGAGAUUUGAUCUGCCAACCUCUGUCAUUACUAUCCAAAAGUUAGGUGGUUUGGUUUUCAAACGGGCAAUAAAUCCCACUACAACUACAAGACGACUAAAUAGAAACUGGCCAUAUUUGUAGCAUUUGCACUUCAAUUUAAUGUAUUUUCAUUUUGUAUUGAGUUUAAAUUAUGAGUGUCUUAACUUUUUAGAAAAGUUUUGAGUUAUAUUUUGUCAAUGCUGAAGAAAUGUUUUUAUGAAAAAGUAACCUUUUUCACUGAACUUCAAUUAACUUUUUGUUUUUCCAGACUGAAUGAUUUUUAAAACAUACUCUAGACUACUGUACUGUAACAUGUAAUGUGUGACUCCUUCAACCAAAUCUUGAGAAUAAAACAACCUGUUUUUAACCUA